CGAAAAUAGCACACGGAUUGGACGCCGCCGACAUGGGCAACAAGGCACUGGCUCGAUCUUCCACAAAGCCCCCUAGCCAGGCAAUCCCGAACCAGCACGCCAGCAAAACGCACGUGCUACCAUUUGAUGACGGCGACACAGCUGCAUCGUCGAAACUGGCGGCGUCAGAGUUUCGGCAGUCCACCGACUGGCGUAGCGACGCCAGCGACCCCAAUAACGAAGGAACGGAUACCGACAACGACGAUCUCCGUCAUAAAGUAGUAGCCUCGCCCUACAAACGGAUGGGCAGCGGAACCAAAGUGCCAGCAAAGACGGGCGAGUCGGGGAGCGACUCGAGUGACGACGACGACGACAAGGACAUGGCGCGGCGCCUCAACACCCGCAACGUGACGAUAUCGUCGCUCAAACCGUCCGUGGACCCGAUUGCAUCAACGUCGUCAUUCCCCCCCGUCUCGCAGCACGACCCUCACCCAGUACUAACCAACACCAGAACCCAAACCAAGGGAGCUCUCUUGGCACCGCUGGAUGUCAAGUCCACGCAAUCGUUUGCCCAUGGAAAAAGUAUCGUGGAACAACCCCCCGCACCCCAAUCAAAAGUUUACGAGUCCACGAAUGCUGCGUCCUUUGGCCAUGGCCUGGAUGCGGUCAUGUUGAUGGCGUUGAAGACCCCCCCACAUACUGCGACGGACGUGUCAAGGGGAAUGGUUGCAACGCCUCCAGCAACGACUUCGCACGACAUUGACGACUUGGCAACGAUGGAAUUGAUCAACGAACUCAUGCUCGAGUCGCCCAAGAUUGAAUCGUCAAAAGAAACCCAUAUUCGAGAGGCGCUGGUCGUGACGCGGCAGCAGCGAAGUGCGGGCAAAACGACCAAAGGGGGUAUAGGAAAGCCCCCCUUUGUGCCCCCGCCAUAUCUAGACGCUACGGACGAAGACAUCAUGAACCAGAUAUUGCAAGAAAGGCGGCCCGGCACGACCCCCAUAAGUUAA